AUGACAACAGAACAACUUGAACAUGGCGUCGGUCGAAUUUCGCUUUCCGAUGACGCGCCGACUGUUGACCUCAACAUGUUUGUGGUAGAAAACAAGGGCCUGAUCAUUCACAACCAUUCUGCGAUGGGACGGGUCUUGGUUGCAGAUCGAGAUUUUGACAAAGACGAAAUCGGAAGCACCAUCUUGAUCGAAAAGCCAUGCCUGGUGUGUCAGCAAAACGAUGAAAUGGGUUUCCUGGAGCAGUUCUUGGAGGCACCAGUGGAGUCCCAAGUCGGCAUCUUGGACAUGUUCCAUCAACCGUUGGAUUCGCCUAUGGGGCAGAGCCUAAUCAAGCCAGCCAAACUUCUCUUCAUGUUGGGGGUCUUGGAGGAUUUCCUAGUGAUUCAUCAGCUGCUGAGCAUAUGGAAAACGAAUGGCAUGCAAUGGAAAGAUAACCAAUCUGCACUUGCAUUGUUUGCCAGCAAGUUCUCGCACUCGUGCAAUCCAAAUCUGGGAUUCUCCACAAGCAAUGGGGUCAUUGAAUUCAUCCUUUUGCGUCCCAUUGCAAAAGGUGAAAUUGCUUCGUUCUCAUAUCUGACGGACCUACUCGAGACUCCCACCUUUGAGAGGCGACAAUUACUGCUGGACACAAAGAGUUUCGUUUGCCAAUGCGACCGAUGUAUGGGCCCCGAUUACUCUCGAUGCAUGCAAUGCCCAACAUGUCCCAAUGAGAAGAUACCGUGUUAUUAUCCCUAUGUCGACGAGAAACCCUUUGAACCGAUGUUUGCUUGUUCCAAGUGCGGAUUAGUUGAUACUGCAGCAAUGGAAAGAACCGAAAAAUUGAUUGGUGAAAAAUUGGAUGCGAUCGACAAAGAUAUGCAGUCCAUCACCUUUCACACUCGCUCAUCAGUCACACCAAAAGCUCUGCACGAACUAGUAGAGGAAUGUCAAUCCACACUUUCUCCAGUGCAUCACAUGACAAUGAGAGCAAUGAGAUUGCUAUUUUCUCUUUCGACGACUCUUGCAUACGACUACAUGAAGAAGAUUCUUCUCCGCAAACGAAACGUCAGUGAGAAUAUGGUGUAUGGCAUGCUUCAAACAAGUGUUUAUGCAGGCUUUGAAUUGGCGCUUGCGGGAGAAUGUUGUGCUGCAAAUAGCCCAGGGGGAUAUAGGGGCGACACGCCAAACACCUUUCUCCUGAGUCAUGACGCCAACUUUGAUCGAGCACUUCCCGUCCUACACGCAUUGGAGAACUUGCUACAGCUUCCACUGGCCUGGUGGCCACCGCACUCCAUUGAAAUUGCGAAACGCUAUCUACCUUACAUCAAAGUAAAGUAUGCUGCGACAACCAAGAACCAAGAGAACUCUGUGGACAAAAUGGAAUUGAAUCUCAAUCAGUUGUCCAAAUGCAUAUCUUGUCAGCAGUGUGGUACCUUUUGGGAUGGGUCCAAAAAGGCUGUUGAACAUGACUGGAAUGACAAAAGAACUAAGUAG